CACAGCCGUUACGCAGACUUUUUUUUUUUUUUAAUACUCAGAUGCCUGUAUGGAGAACUCAGAGGAACAUCCGAUAUCUUCCGAUUUUAAAGCAGAUGAGCAUGUUGAACAAGACACAUAUGAAGAGCAUGCUAAUAUCCCAGAUGUACCCUCAGCCCCUCACAACAAAGCCCUAUCAUCUGAUCUCUUUAAGUGGGUCCUAUCGUUUGAUUUAUCACAGUCUGUUAAACAAAACAUAGAGCACAGCAUGGGCGUUGAACAUCCAAAAGCUCACACAGGAGAGAAGCCGUAUUCAUGCUUAGAAUGUGGGAGACGUUUUACAUACACAUCACAUCUUAUUAGACAUCAGAGAAUUCACACAGGGUUGAAGCCAUAUUUAUGUUCAGAAUGUGGGAAACGUUUUAACCAGAAAUCAGAUCUUGCUACACAUCAGAGAAUUCACACAGGGGAGAAGCCAUUUCCAUGCCCAGAAUGCGGGAAACGAUUUGCAAAUAAAUCAAAUCUUCUGGCACAUCAGAGAAGUCAUACAGGGGAGAAGCCAUUUUCAUGCCCAGAAUGCCGGAAGCGUUUUACUCGGAAAUUAAGUCUUGUUGAGCAUCAAAAAACUCACACGGGGGAGAAGCCAUAUUCAUGUACAGAAUGUGGGAAAUGUUUUAAGCAGAAAUCAGAUCUUGUUGUACAUCAGAGAAUUCACACAGGGGUGAAGCCAUUUUCAUGUUCAGAGUGUGAAAAAUGUUUCACUCGGAAAUCAAGUCUUGUUGACCAUCAAAAAAGCCACACAGAGGAGAAACCAUGUUCAUACUGAGAAUGUGAGAAAUCAGGAAAAUCAAAUCAUAAGCGUUAGAGGAGUCACAAAGAGGAGAAUUUAUUUUGAUUUACGAAAUGUUGAAUGCGUUCUAACCAGAAAUCUGCUCUAACUGCACAUAGAAGAACUCGAAAACGAAAAAAAAAAAUACCACGUUCAGAAGGUGUGAAAUGUUUUACCCACAAACCACGUCUUAAACACUGAAGAUCUCAAAUUUGUUUUAUUGACAAAUUGAAAAAAAAUGACGACCGAUCCAGGUAAAGUCCUAUAAGCAAAAGGGAAAUCAAUUAACAGCACUAAAUAAUGAUUAAAAAAUGUAUAUAAAUAGCAAUAAAAAAAUUCCCAAAAAACUGAAUCCACUAACAAGCUUAUAAAUCCAUUGUGUAUAUAGAAUA